AUAAGAUCGCUGUCCUUUUAACUAGUGACGUUUCUUGCCUUGUAUCAGUUGUCAUUCACUUCUGGGGAGACUGGAGAGGGAAUCUUCUUAUUAACGUUCUCAAUAUUCAGCUAGGGAGUCCUCGGAGCUGGUCGUGGCGUUUGGUCUGCUCUCCCGGGAACUACAACGUUUUAGAAAACAGCGGAAGACGUAAAAAAAAAAAAUUAUAUAUUAGGGACAAACGUCAUUCCCUCAAGUAAUUUACAUAUAUACAGUGAGAUAAAGUCACAAAAGUGCAGAUUGGAAGAAGAGGAAAAUAAUUAGAAGAUAGCGGGGGGGACAAAAGCAUAUAUAUUGAUAUAUCAGAAGACCGCAACAAGUGACGCAGAAGAAGCUCAGGAGAGGGACGGCUAUGGAGAAACCUGAUCACAUUACACCCAGGAUCACGGGUUGCCUCAUGAAGGACGGGACUUUCGUCAGCCUAGAGACGUCGCUGAAGGCAAGACAAGUGGAAGAACAAUUACCCGAAGACCACCUCGACGACAGACACUCCCUUGACUCCACCGACGUCAGUUCUCAGUCGAGCGAGGAGGAGGAGCGGGGAGAGGACCCAGCGGAACGAGAUCGAGACUCCGAGAAGACCUCCUCGGACGUCAUCCUCAGCUUGGACAGCCACGUCCAGGAGACUCUCGGAGAAUUACAGAAGGGCGGCGUACCUGCAGACUACGUCCAGAGAUACAGCCGUCCUCCCGGCGAGCCUCUGCAGCUGGAGGAGUCUUGGAGGAAGCUCGAGGAGGCCGAGUCGCUCCUGCAGUUCUCCAUCGACUCGGUCAAAACGAAGUGAGGAGCUCCGGCUUGGCGGUUGAUCUCGAUGCACUGUGUUACACGGAUGAUUAUGUUGUUAUUGUGUUGUUAAUAGAGUGUCCUUUCAUUCUCUCUCUCUCUCUCCUCUCUCUCUCUCUCUCUCUCUCUCUCUCUCUCUCUCUCUCUCUCUCUCUC